AUAGGUCAGUCGUGGUUACUUCACACCGCUGUCCUGCCAGGGUAACGGUAGCCGUCUCAUCCAGCCACUCAAUUGUCUGGGUUUGUUGGCGUUUGCUGUACAGCGGUAGUUAGUAACGAGGUCUGCCCGUUGUUUCAAGAGUCGUGUCAGAGGCAAUGAAGCUAGUCAGCUAGCUUAAAUGGGUUUUCGAGUUAAAAGAUGAUCGCCUCACUUUCUAGAGGAAGUUUGCUGGAUGAGGUCCUCCAUGGUGGCUUAAAUGAGCAGCAACUGGCAGCGUAUAUUUCCUGGGUGAACUCUCAGCUGAAGAGGAAACCAGGCCUGAAGCCUAUUACAGACCUCAGGCAUGAUCUACAGGAUGGGGUGGUUCUCACACAGCUAAUAGAGAUAGUUGCUGGAGAAGUGCUGGAGGGAGUGUAUGUAGCUCCACAAAACAAAGAGGAAAGCAGGAAGAAUGUGGACAAAGUCUUGCAGUUCAUUUCCUCCAGACACAUACGCAUGCCACACAUAUCCGCAGGAGACAUUGUCUCUGGUAAUCUGAAAUCUGUAAUGAGGAUAAUUCUGGCGCUGGCUGCCCACUUCAAGCCCUCGGCCAAUCACAGGGCUUCCUCUGCAAGUGGGAGAGGUUUGACGAGGGGCUCUGCCAGCCACAACCCUCUUUCCACUGUUGCACUAGCACAAGGUGCGGCAGCCGCACUGGCAUCAGCGCGGCUCGAUGCCUCACAGUCUGCAUGUACCGCACGAAUCCACAGUGGCUGGACGUUGGAGAACAGUGUGUGUGUCCGUGCACUGGUUGAGCAAUAUGAAAGGCGAUCUCCGGAUGAGCAGGACAAUCCUCAGCAGAGCAGCCUCAGCUCCGUCAGUCCACUCUCAUCUCCAAGAGCUCCACUCAAUAGCCAUUCGGAAGGACAGCAGGAGGACUGCCAACAGCAGGACAUCAGUGCCGAGUCAUCUCAUGUUGCAGUGAAGACAGCGUGGGAGGAUUCUCUCAGUGAAACCUUGGAGAAGGAGGUGCAGGACACAAGAAAAAUGGUGUCUGCUUUACAGGCCCUGCUGCUGCAUGGUUCACUGCCCGAGGACGAGCAGGAUGUGUCUUUGAGUUUGGACCAAGACAACGCUGAACAGCAACUGGUUGUCGUUCGCAGUCGUUUGGAUCAGAGUAUGGAGGAAGCUCUGGAGCUCAAGAGGGAACUGUUGCGCUGUAAGCAGGAGAUGAGAAACCUGCAGGGAGUCAAGGAUGCCCAGCAGCAGAGGCUGUGCACUCAGGAGGCGUCAAUACUGCAGAUGAAGCAAGAGCUUCUCAGAGCCAGCAUGACGAAGGAUGAACUCGUAAACAAGAACGCAGAGCUGCAGUGGAAGCUGGAGGAGUCUAACAGGCUGUGGGGUGAAUGCAGGAAAGAGAUGGCACCGAAGGACAGGCUACUGCAGCAACUCAAACACAAGCUUGAAGAAAGCCAAAAAAAGCAGAGUGAAUUGCAAAGAGAGUUGGAGCAUAAAAACAGCAUGCAGAUUCCCACUGGCACAGAAAACAAUGGAUGUUCUUACUCCGGAAAUCCAGCUCCCUCUAUGUCAGGCCAGGCAGAGGAGGUUCAGCUGCUCAGAGAUGCACUUAGGAGUUUGAGGAACAACUUCAGAGACCACGACCCGCAGCACCACACACUGGAUACCCUGGAGCAGGGCAUAGUAUCGCUCAUUGACAGACUGCACGUUCUGAAUACACACAGGGGAAGGGGGAAAUCUCCAAGACGCAAAGGUCAGCAGUCAGACGCUGACACGUGGCCUUGCACAAACGUUUGCCAGCCCCACAGUGGAUCUUCUGCCUCCACUAAAAUCCUUUAUUUUACUGGAAAAUCUCCAACGCCUUCCAUGAUUAGUAUACCGAAAAGGCUGGGUGAAGUGACACUUAAGGACGUUAAGGCAGCUGUGGAUCGAGAGGGAAACUACAGGUAUCACUUCAAGGCCCUGGACCCCGAGUUUGGCACUGUGAAAGAAGAAGUUUUCCUGGAUGGAGCAAUCAUUCCUGGCUGGGAAGGAAAAAUAGUGGCCUGGGUAGAAGAGGACCGCGGUGAGGAAAGGCCACUGUAGGUUCAAGCUGAGGAAGCACUUCUUGUUUUUGCUCCCGGUUGUUUUGAUCCCAGAGGAUCACAGAGACAACCGAGGCACCCAAAGGAGGCACAAGCAGACGCUUUUUGAGAUUCAAACUGUUGGGGAAUAACUGGAAAAAUUGUCAGUAAGAGAUUUGGGUUUAUCAGCUGGUGUAAAUCUGUAACUGAUACAUAGAAUAUCCUAAAACUCAGUGCCUUACAAAUGAAAGCUGUUCCCAUCAUGUGUUUAUUAUUGCCAGGCUGUAACUGUGGUAUCAAAACUGGACACAAAAGUGACAUUAUUGUCAAGUGAAGUGUCUCUAAAACCGCACUUAUGUAGUUAUUUCACAUGCAGCUUACUAAAAGUAUGUCGUUUUUAAAUGUUAUGCAUCACUUUUCCUUCAGUGUGCAGUGACAUAGUGUUUUAAACAAAUACUAUGAGAUUGCAUGUCAGAUAUCCACUGUUCUUGACCGCAGGUACAUAAAUAUCAGCAGCCUUCUUUGUGAAUGUGAAGUGAAUAUACAGUAUUAUCAAUCAUAACGAGACAGAAAGAAAUGUCUGGGUUAUGGAAAAAAGCACCACUUUCCUAAUAUAAAUUUUUCAAGGAUAGAAAAUGUCAGAUAAGCUUUGUACAAGCUUCAUUUUGUGUUAGUGCUGCACAAAGUUCAUCUACGUUCUGACCUACUGCUGACCAGUACGCUGACCCGAUACCAGCUAGGUGAAAAAAAAAACAAAACAA